CUUUACGCAAAUGAACAAGACACUGUGACAGUAGGUCAAGAUCUUUUCAAGAUCGAAUUAGGAGAUGCCGCAACUGCCGGUCCUGAUGCAACGGCCUCAAAGGAGGGGGAAGUUGUAAAACCAGAGCAAAAACAAGAAUUUAAAGAAGAGAUCAAAGAUGAAAAGAAAGAAACAACCUCUCCGCCUUCACCAGAACCAUCGCCAUUUCAAUCAGAACCUAAACCUGCUGUUACUACAUCCCCUCCCGAACCUAAACCUGCCGCGACUUCACCUACCCCCGAACAAUCUUUGCCCCCGAGAAAAGCUGAUGUUCUUUAUGGAGAACGUGAAGAACGCCAAAUCAAGAUGAAUAGGAUGCGUUUAAGAAUUGCUGAACGUUUAAAAGAAUCACAAAAUACGGCUGCAUCUUUGACAACGUUCAAUGAAAUCGAUAUGAGCAACAUCAUUGAACUUCGUAAUACUUACAAGGAUGUAAUUAUUAAGAAACACGGGAUAAAAUUAGGAUUUAUGUCCGCAUUUGUGAAGGCAUCGGUAUUUGCUCUCCAGGAAAUUCCUGCGGUAAAUGCUUCUAUUUCAGAAUCGGGUGAUACAAUCCUCUACAGAGAUUAUGUUGACAUGAGUGUUGCAGUGGCCACUCCAAAAGGUCUAGUUACACCUGUAGUCCGUAAUGUCCAUCUAUUAUCUUUCAUAGAAAUAGAAAAGGCUAUUGCAGAAUUAGGACAAAAG